UCACGGUAAAUCGGACUUUUGAAUCAAGCAGCCCAGCCCAGCAGCUGAUAAGAGUGGAUGUAGGUGAGAAGCAUUGCCUUAUUCCGGUAGCAAGAGAAUCCCCAAAGUGAUUAUUUUGUGGUGGAUGAAAGUGGCUACUGAUAGAGGGAUUGGACAUCGAGGACUAUUCUGUGGAUGUUAUAAAAGCACAGCUCUCCCGUAUGACUUGGUGAUGCAGCUGCGAAAAUAACUUUAAAAAGAAUGCUUUCUGUCCAACUACUGCACCCGAAUGGGAGGAAAUGUCUCUAUUUCUAGUGCGUAAAAUUCCUUCAGAAGCCUCAACAAGGACUGGCAAAAGGAUCCCUGAGACGGCAGUACUUUUGAAAGGACUUUCAGGAAAUGUUAGCGUACUAGCCGAAUGACCUUGGAAGCCUUUAUAUUUGGACUGCCUGAUUCCAUCCUUCCUGAUCCCCAGUGUCUCAAACUCUAGGAUUUCAACCGGUCUCAAUGUUUUGGGAGCAUUUUAAAACAAGAUUAUUCAGUAACCUAUCUAAUGGCCCCUGAACUAAUUGAGCAUUUGCUCAAAAUAGAGCACAGAAAGAGAAGAGCUGUUUUCUUAGCAUACGAUUGCUUCCUAACUGCAAAUGUAACAAACGGGGUUCUUUCCUACUGUUGGAAAAUUUAGUUGUCGAAGCGGUGAUUUCGUGUGCUAAUUACUAAUGAAAAUGGAAAAUGUGUAGCAACUAGAAGAUGAAGCUGAGUGAAAAUAACUGAGUAGUAAACAAGGGCAGCAUUUCUAGUCAAAUCAGCAUUUCAUUAGCUUCCCGGCACAAUGCAGACGGAAGUUUCUAUUAUUGUGCAGGGCUUUGGAAAAGAUUCAGGUGUUGCUGCAAGGUGAGACAAGCCAUUGAUUGAGCCAUGCACUUUAUUGUUUCAGAGCAGGGCAUGGAAGGUGGCAGAUCAGCAAAAGAAAAUGAUUUUUGGUCCUCGAUGCUUGAAACUGAAUGCCCAGGAUUUCUUUUUCCGGGUGGGGGAGAGCAUUAAAUUUUACUGCUGCCAUCGCUGUAACUGGAAAUGACUAGGGCUGGGAGAGAUUGAAUAUUCACUUGAAACUCUACAAGAUCAUCUUUUCGUGGGGUGUUAACCCCCUUGUACAGAACCGUCCUCCCUGGAGAUGUGUAUUUUCCUCUCUGAGAGCCACAGGAGAAACCUGGCUGUAUUCCUCAGUCCUCCUCUCCCCCUAAACCCAGUUCAACAUUCAGAUUCAAGUGGUGCUGAACCUCUUGGAAUUAACCUUGACAGGAAUGUUUUUCUUACCUCUUUAACGAACGGAUGGAUCACAGCAACGAGAACGGCAGCAUCGUCCCCUGAACAGAGCCGAAAGGCACCGCCUGCUCCUGUGAACUUUUUUCUAGAUUUUCCAACCAAAAGCAGAUGCCGAAGCUCUGAGAUGUUCGUUAUUUGAAUGGACCGAAAACAUUCACUCCCAUCUCAUCGUCCUGGUCCGGGAAGCCUGAUCUGUAUUAAGACAUCUGUCCCUCUCUCAUGCUUUCUAGUCUAUCCCAAAGAAACUGCCUUUCUCAGGAGAAUAAACAAUCCACAGAAGCUUUUUUUUCCCCCUUUUAAACCUCUUGGCAGUCAUUUUUUUUUCUUUUUAUGGUUUUCAUCUUCCAGUGUGCAAGAUAAAGAGUCUGUUUUCUCUAGAAGUGCCUUGCGUUUGUUAAAGGUGGUUGGAGAGCCCAGGAGGGAGCUAAUCAGAGGCCUUUUUUCACCUGCUUCCCAACUUAUUUUUCCCCAAAGCUGAGGUGUGUCACUGUUGCAAUGAAGCUGAUAAAGAGGCUCGAGCAGCUCUGAGAAUCAAAUGUGAGUGACAGGAGCUCCGGCAGCCACUACCGAGACAGAUUGUGAGACACCAAAGUGGAGAGUUUACCAGAUGUUGGGCAGGUCACCUGCUCGCCGUGGCUCUGGCUGCAGGCGUCCCUAAUUCCAAACCAUGAAUGAGUCUGGGUGGAUUGAAUGGAAGACUCUGAACAUGAGUGGCAGUUUUAUGAAUAUGUCUGAGCAUCACUCCUGCCCACUUGGAUUUGGCCACUACAAUGCCGUGGACGUCUGCAUCCUCGAGACAGCCAUCAUUGUCCUGCUCACAUUCCUCAUCAUCGCCGGGAAUUUAACGGUGAUCUUCGUCUUUCACUGUGCGCCGCUUCUCCAUCAUUAUACUACCAGCUACUUCAUUCAGACCAUGGCGUAUGCUGACCUUUUCGUUGGAGUGAGCUGUUUGGUUCCAACUCUCUCAUUGCUGCACUAUUCCACGGGUGUUCACGAAUCUUUGACUUGCCAGGUUUUUGGAUAUAUCAUCUCCGUGCUGAAGAGCGUUUCCAUGGCCUGUCUCGCCUGCAUCAGCGUGGACCGCUACCUUGCCAUCACCAAGCCUCUUUCCUACAAUCAACUGGUCACGCCUUGUCGCCUGAGAAUAUGUAUUAUUUUGAUCUGGAUCUACUCCUGCCUCAUUUUCUUGCCUUCGUUUUUCGGCUGGGGGAAACCCGGUUACCACGGUGACAUUUUUGAGUGGUGUGCCACCUCUUGGCUCACCAACGCCUACUUUACGGGCUUUAUCGUCUGCUUACUUUAUGCUCCCGCUGCCUUUGUCAUCUGCUUCACUUACUUCCACAUUUUCAAAAUCUGCCGGCAGCACACCAAAGAGAUCAAUGACCGGAGGGCCCGUUUUCCUAGCCACGAGGUGGAUGCCGCCGGAGAGACCGGACACAGCCCGGACCGCCGUUAUGCCAUGGUUUUGUUUCGGAUAACCAGUGUGUUCUACAUGCUCUGGCUGCCCUACAUCAUAUACUUUCUUCUAGAGAGCUCGCGCGUCCUGGAAAAUCCCGCUCUUUCCUUCUUGACAACAUGGCUUGCUAUAAGCAAUAGUUUCUGCAACUGUGUGAUAUAUAGUCUCUCUAACAGUGUUUUCAGGCUGGGCCUCCGAAGGCUGUCAGAGACGAUAUGCUCGUCGUGUAUGUGUUUAAAGGACCGGGAAAUACGGGACCCUAAACCUAGGAAACGGGCUAAUUCCUGCUCCAUCUAAGGGAACCUGCCCAGUUAACCCAGUGCAGUCUGACCGUGAUUUGGGGAUAGUAUCUGAUGCAUCUGGAAAUUUGCCACAUAGGAAAUAUUUACUUGAAUAGUUCAGGAGGAAUCGAGAUUUGGGACUGCAGGUCAUUUUUUUUUAAAUGGAAAAGGCAGCUACAGUGAAGGACGCGUAGAGGAUGCCCACGCGAGAUCUUUAUCAUGUGAAUGUAGUAAUUCUCAAAGUGACUUAGGGGUUAGAGAAAUGAAAUAGCGAAGUUAAAGAAAAGUCAUUAUCUCAAAUCUUCCACAGGGCAUGAAAUUACUGGCACAUUAAAGCAGGUUCGUGUGUGUGUGUGUGUGUGUGUGUGUGUGUGUGUGUGUGUUUGUGUGCGCGCGCAUGUGUAUGUCUUCUCUCUCUCCCUCCCUCUUGCCUUCUCUCUCCCCCUCCCCACCCCCUUUUCUCUCUCUUGGAAGAUCUUAUAUUUUUCCCUUUAAGAGACGUGCUGCAUAUCAUAUAUGUGGCAGGAUAUGUCCUUUUUGCGUUAAAGUGUACUUUUAAAAUACAGUAGGCAACUAUCUAUAAACGAUCUCUGUAGAGGGUACACAGUAGAUGUUUUAGAUGAGUAAUUAGACACACGUUUUUGCUUGUGGUUUUUAUACUAUUCUCUGCUGCACAAAUAGUUGCUGAAAACAAAAAUGAGACAGUGGAGCUAUUCAUUUUCUAGGUAAAAGAGAAAAACGCUUCCCUCCCACCCUUCCCUCAAAACCUGCUAUAUUUUUUAUCCAUUUUUCGUGCCCUGAAGUCUUUGGUUCCUUAGUCCAGAAGUGUCUUAGCUAAAGAGGGAACUUACUGUACAAGGGUAUCAUAAUUCUCAAUAAUUGCUUCCUUCCAAAAAAAAAGCCACCGGCUUUGGUAGGGGGAUUGCAUUCAACAUGUUCCAGUGGCUUAUAGAAACUUUAAUUUUUUCCCCUGGGACCUAUGAAAUUAGUCCCUAUUUCCAAUAUGUCCUUUUUGCUGUACUAAAGCUUAUUUUCUUUUUCACUAAGGCCAAUGCUACUAAUGCAAGUACAAGAGUCACACAUGGCAGUGAGGCAUCACGUUUAAUGCUAGCUGAAUUUUUUUUUCUUUUUAAAUGAAAUACUAACCCUUUUACGUUGGGUCUACAUAGCUUUCUAUUGUAGCCGCCAGUCCAUUGUGUGUAAACCUAGCUUGCACAUACUGUAUUUUUUAAAACAAAAUGUAAAUUAUAUUAUGUGGUCUGUGCCUAAUGUUUUCAUAGUUCACUGAAUAGAUCAAUGGUAUUUUAAGUCUACGGGAUUGAAAAAAAUACACAAAAACACAAAAAACUUGCUUUAAGAGAAAAAUACUUUCUGUGCAGUUGUUAAAUAGAUAUUUAUUAGACAAAACUGUGUUCUUGGACGAGGUGAGAAGACAAUUUGCUUAAUUAUCAAGUACAGGUAAGAGCUUCAGUAUUUCCCUUUGUAAUGAUCUGCUUUCAGAUUCAGAGAUUAAUCAACUUUAUUUUGUAAGUGCGCUACAUGGGUUUGUGUAAUACAGAGUUGUGUCAGGGGUUCAGAUGCAGCGUGGUGGGUUUAGCGGGGUAGGUAUAUGAGCAAAGAAUGAUUUAAAUCUUACUUCUGGCUCAAGUUGCCAGUUUCUCAGAUGGUUUUAUAAGUGACUAGUUCUGGAACAUGUGUCCUGUUAACAGCUGCACUAUGAUUUCCUUGUUUUACCAAAAUGCAUUUAAUGAAAUGUGCCUAUGACCCUUCAAAACUGGAAGCCAACCAUGUUUGCACACCAGUGGUUUGACUUCAGCGGUCCCUUUAAAAUGAACUUGUAAUUUUGUUAAGGUUGUUCUGAACCCCUGUUUGUUUUUAAACAUGUAAGAAAGAUGAAAAUAAAGAGAAUAAAAUAGUAUUCU